AACAGGGCGAAGGGGGAGGCCGAGGUGCUGCUGGGUGACUGGGCACCCCCCCGCGCCGUGCCCGGGGCUCGCAGGGCCCGUGGAGUCCUGAGCAGGCUGAAGGACAAUGAGUGAGUCUGGAGCCAAGUCCAGCCAGCCCCUGGCCUCCAAGGGGGAGAAGGACGUGGCGGAGAAGAGGGGCCGGGGGCGGCCCAGGAAGAAGCCGCAGCAGGAGCCCAGCGACGCACCGACCCCCAAGAGACCCCGCGGGCGUCCCAAGGGCAGUAAAAACAAGGCCAGCACAAAGGGCAGGAAAGCUGCAGUCGCACCAGGGAGAAAGCCUCGAGGCCGACCCAAAAAAACGGGAUGCUGGGCGGGGCUGCAGCACUCCUCCAACCAUGCCCUCUUGCCUGGCAGCAGCAGGACGAAGAGGAGGUGAACAUUUCCCAGGAGUCGUCCGAGGAGGAGCAGUGAAGCUCCCGGCCCGGCACUACCUCAUCGCCCGACGGCCCCGCGCCCGGGAGGGCUUGGGGAGAGACCUACUGCAGCCCCUGGCUUUUCCCUCCUCUUCCUCCGCUCCUUCCUCACCCUCAGACAAUGGCAGCACUGGAGAACAGCCCAACCUGGGCAGCCCCCGCAGCCCCCCACCCAGGGACUGUGGGGGGGACACCCACCCCAGCUCCCCCUUCACCCCAGCACUGGGUUUUGGGGUAGCCCCACUGGCAAGGGGGUACCUGGCAGAGACCUGAGCCUGGGACCCUCCACACACCCUUUGCUGUCCCACUCCCCCUCAAUGCAAUGAUCUCACCCAUCCGAAGUGGGUGCUGGUUACCCCCCCAGCACCAGGCUUUGCCCUGGGGGCCUCUACAGGGAAAAGAUGGGGUGGGGGCAGUGAAGCUGAGACCCCCUCAAACACAUUAGACCUUCGCUCUGUCCUGCUGCUACCCUGGGCUUUCCCCUUCCUUGUGCCCCACUCCAAGUCCUGAGUGAUGCCAGGGCUUGGUGCCUGUCCCCGGGGGGUGUCCUGUCCCUAGGGUGGCUGGGCCCCCCCCCCCAGGUUCUGGUAUAUAUUAUUUGGUUUGGUUUUUUUAGUACUUUCUGGUUGUUUUUUUUCCUUUCAUUCACAACUACCUCUGGAUAUUUAAGUUCCACUCUCUGAACUCACAGAUGUGCUGCUGGCAUUGGGGCAUCGUUGGCUCGUUGGGGUCCUCCUCCAGGGUGUUGCUGGGAGCCGGGGGGGGGCAUUGGGGUUGUUUUUCCUUUUCUUUUGGGCUUUUUUUGGUUUUAUUUUUUGUGGGUUUGGUUUUUGUUGGCUUUGUUUGGUUUUUUUUCAGUUGUCUAAGGUCUGGGCUGCUUUGCUGCUCCAAGGGAUGGAGGCUGGCAGGGUGGAGGGCUGGGGGGCACCAGAGGAUGCUCCCACACACACACCCCCCAGCCACUGCAGGAGAGCUGCGGUGGGACUGGAGGUUGGUGCCGGGCAGCCCCGGAGGGAGAAGGAAGUCAGGGGUUUGGUUUGGGGGUUUGUUGUUUUUUUUGUCCACUGCUAACGACCUUUUGGGUUCCUAUUUGCAGUUACUUGAAUAAAACAUUUUAUGGA